AAGGAGCUCGGAUUUCAUAGUGUGGUGUAAUUUUGAACUAUGUAGAAUUACAAGACGAAAAAUAGACAUCACAAGCUAGGUUCACUCCUAUAGAGACUUGACACACACACACACACACACACACUAUCCCAAGCAGUAUUAUUGCUCCCCGUAUCCACCGCUAGCUGUUCCUGUCGAGACCUGCAAGUGGCUGCCACUGCAUGUGUCAUCCCGUUCCACCGCUCACAUCCUUUCCAUACCUCCCUCUGCAUUAUAUAACCAACAUUUUGCCCGACAACACCUUUGCAGUGUGCCAUCUGGCCUGUGAGAGUAAAGAGGGCAUCGCGGUGCCCUGGUGACGUUGUAUACAAGCCUACAGUUUAAAUGCCCCGCUUGCACCACAUCUAGUGAGGGAGGAAGGCGUCUGCUCCAUUAUCGCCGCCACAACCCACCGCGGCACAGCGUCUCCGGGCGGCGCAGGGAGGUUCCGACUCUGUAUCCGACACUCGCUGGCUGAGUGUGAGCCUAGUACGAGGGAUCGAGGCAGCAAAGGCCUGAAUUUAUCCUUGUGUUCUACCUACGUGUAUGCGAGGAUCCGAGGCUCUUCACAGUGGUGGCUAAUAUUGAUUUCAUUCUGUAGAAUUUUAGCCACUUUACCGCGGGACGUGGAAAUAAUGUCGGCCCGAGGCAUAGCCAAGAAGCGGCAAAAGAAUGUUAGUAAGUCCCAGCGAGCCAAUGUGCUGUUCCCGGUAGGCCGCCUGCACCGCUACAUGAAGGCAGGCCCGGGCACCCGCAGGCUCAGGAUAGGCGUCGGGGCACCUGUGUACGCCGCCGCUGUCAUCGAGUACCUCACAGCGGAGGUGCUGGAGCUGGCCGGUAAUGCAGCACGGGACAACAAAAAGUCACGCAUCACUCCUAGACACAUCCUGCUGGCCAUUGCCAAUGAUGAAGAGUUGCAUCAGCUGCUGCGUCACGUGACCAUUGCGUCAGGUGGUGUGUUGCCCAAGAUCCAUCCAGAGCUGUUGGCAAAGAAGAAGGGAGGCAAGUUCAUCACAGGAGCCAACACACCAGUCACUGUUCCAUACAAGAAGCCCAUCGCCACUAAGCCUCCGGCAUACAAGAAGGUCACCACUGCAAAGACCAAUGCCAUUAUGAUGGGAGGCUCAGCAGCCAACACUCCAACCUCCACAGCUGCUGCUACCACUGCUGCUUCCACCCCGCCAGCCAAGACUCCCGGCUCCCCUGCCAGUGUCACCUCAGGUUCAUCAACACCAGUCAAACUCAGAGCAAAGGGUAAAGACAUCGCAUCCUCAAGCACCUUCACAGUCCUUUCAGAAAAAAAACUCUUCCUGGGACAGAAGUUGACAGUGGUACAGUCAGACAUAUCAACAGUAGUGGCGGACGCUGUCGUCCAUCCCACCAACGCUAACCUCGACUUCCUGGGUGAGGUUGGUUUGGCCCUCAGUAAAAAAGGAGGCAAGGCUCUCUUGGAUGAGGUGCGAGAACUGGCAAACUGCAAAGGUGCUCUGCCCUCUUGUGAUGCUGCCAUCUGCAACGGGUGCAACCUGCCGGCACGGUGGGUGAUCCACGUCAACGGCCCAACCAAUGGAGACGUGGAUGCCUUCGACAAGCUGGAGCGUUGCGUCCGAAACUGCCUGGUGGUGGCCGACACACGGAACUUCAAGUCCCUGGCACUGCCCUCCAUUGGCAGUGGAAAGGCUGGCUUCCCCAAGCAGCAGGCAGCACAAACAAUCAUCAAAUCCAUCUGUAACUACUUUGUCAAUGUGAUGUCCUCGUCCCUGAAGCAGAUCUACUUUGUGUUGUAUGACAUGGAGAGCAUAGGAGCAUACACGGCAGAGCUGGCCAAGUUGGACUCCUAAAAGUGUGUAGGGGUGUGUAGCCCCUGCCCAGGCCCCACACCCCGGGGAGCCCAGGCAAUAGGAGGUUACCAUAGGGUUUCUGAAAUCCUCAGAGGUUAUAGUACAAGACAACUCCCUUGUGUUUGAACUGCUGAGUAUGAGACUGUUGUGAAUGGCUUUAGCAUAUGUAUAUGAACAGUGUCUGCUGGAUGUGAUGAGCUCUUCUGCACCUGCACCAUACCGUACCAUAAGCUGCAGCUGCUUGUGUGGGCACAUCUGGGUCUCAGAUACUUGUGAUCACUGCUUGGACUGUGUUUGUGUAUUAGCAGUGUAAUAUUUUCACUCUUGUUUGUGGUUUGUUAAGCUAGUGAGCACUGCCCUCCAGACACUUCUCAAGCUCAGCAGAAACACUGAUUGAGACACCUGCCAACAAGCAAACAGGACAAGGCAUCUUGGCAUCUUUGCUAGAAAAUAGAUUAACUGCAAUCUGAUGAUCAGAUGAAGUGGAGGCUCUUGAAUUACCUUUCCGGUCAUAAUUGCAAAGACAAUUUUGGAUUCAGAGUAGGAAACUGGUUAUCUGUCGGAACUGUUAUGGGACUGUCUGAGCUCCUUCCCUGCUUACUGCAUAUAUCUUCAAAAAAGAAAUACAUGCCUGGAAAUACUCAGAUUCCAAAAUUAAGCAUAAGUUUUCCUCUAGAAUAUUUCUUUGGCAUCAUCUUACAUGGGCUUAAGGGGCAGAUAGAAGUUGCAGGAGAUGUCCACACACCAGAUGAUCUGGAUACAGUUGGACUUCACAGGCUGUGUUGUGCUGAACACCUGCAGGCCGUCAGACUGGUGUGGGACGGCUGUGUGAGCGCCAGAGUGCUGGUGGAGGGCUGUGAACUUUUUAUACCUGUACCAUAGAACAUUGAGAAAACCCUGAACUAAUAUUCCACUAGUUACUGGAUGACAGUGAGACAGUUCAUACGAAACCAGCAUUUCGAUUGUAAUGGAGAGGCAGUCAAACACAACAUUCAUUUUCACAUUUGCAUUGCAUAUCAGAAGGGCAUUAUUUUUGUCUUCAUAGCAUGGUCUUGGAACAAUUUCUUUCUCUAAUGGUUUUAACAAUUGUUCCCAUGACUGCUUAUGUCUUCAAGUUUGCAGUGAUCUAUAGCAAAGAUCAUGAUGUGAAGUGAUGAAGCAUGUAUUAAGGACUUUGUGUGUGUGUGUGUGUGUGUGUGUGUGUGUGUGCGUGUGUGUGUGUAAAUGAAUACUUCCAAGUAGCAGAGACUCAAAGUCUUUGCUCUGUGCUGGUCAAGAGUUUGAAGUUAGUGUAGGAAUAUUCACAUUUAAUGUGUCAGAAAGAGUGGAAUAAUUUUGUGAUAAUUUAAUGCUAGUGAGGGGAGCACACAGUACUGCCCACUUGAUCCUUGUUUUGCGAUUGGCCAAUGUAAUACGUAUGUUGUUUAUAUAUGUUGAUUGUUGUAUAAUGUCUUUAUUUAUCAUUUUGCUGUUGGCCGAAAGUCAGUGUUUGUUAAGUCUUAAAGAAUUAUAUUUAAAAAUUAUUGUGAUUAUAGAAUAAUCUAUGUAAUCAAUUAUAUAUAAAUUACAUAACUUUUUUUUUAAUGUUGGUGGAGAAGUGUUAUGAUGGUGAAGAGAUUUAUGUUACAGAUUAUUUGUACUUAAGUUUUGCUCAAGUGUGUCCAAAUAUUACACUGGAAUAUUGGUGUUACAACGCAGAGCAUUAUAUGAAGAUGAUGUUUAUGGAGAGGGGAGAUUGAAGCAAGUUUUGAGUUGUUAUAGGGAGCAAGCCUUAUUUGUUUGUUUUUUUUUCUUUAUUCUUUGAGGUAUUUCUGGUACAAAAUCUACCAAGUUGAUAAUUAAAGAGAAUAGAGGAAAGCUUCUGUCCAUGCUGUUCCUUGCAGGUGGCCAGAAAGGUUCACUCACCUUUCAGUGAGGCUGCAGAGUGUAAAUAACAUAACAUGCACCAUGUCAAUGAAUCAUGUGAUAACUCUCAUGACAGAUGAAUCACAAUGUAACAUAACUAGAUAACUCAUGACAAUGAAUUAUAUGCAAUGAGAACCUCCUGAGUGGUAGGAACAUGACAUGAUGUAAUGAAAAGAAUUUGACCAGCCUAGGAUGUGUAGGAGGAACUUCCAAAACAAGAGUCUGGGAGAAGUUGAACAUCUUCCAUAUCCGUACCUAGAGGAAUUGUGCUGCACCUCAGGGAGAAGCUGAGGUGAGACGAAGACUACUGGACCACCUCAUGCUGGCUUAAGGCCCUGGAGAGACACAGAGACACAGACAGAAGCAGGUCCACCCAAACUGUUCUGACUGGAGGCACAACAUAAAGCAAAACCUCUUCACCUCUUUUAGUCAAUACCAGAAAAAUAAGUACAAGAGUUUGGAAAUCUCUCUCUCUCUCUCUCUCUCUCUCUCUCUCUCUCUCUCUCUCUCUCUCUCUCUCUCUCUCUCUCUCUCUCUCUCUCUCUCUCUCUCUCUCUCUCUCUCUCUCCCUCCAGGAUGAGUUAAGUGGUAGGAGCAUUGCACAGGGAGGAGAGAAGGACAGAAAGAUGUAUAUGUGUGUGGAGAGGAACAAUAACUUCUUCCUUUCUGGUGGUGGUGACUGCACUGUUUGUAGUAUUCAGAUUAAUAACAUACGUACACAAGCAGAAGUUAUCAUUAUGUCUAUAUUAUAAAAUUUGUUAAUAUGUAUAAAGCGCAAAUACAUAUAUAAAGUACAUAUAUUAAUAGGUUAAACUGAAGGGCAUUGUGGGAAGGGUGUUGGGUGAGGCAGAGGAACAGCUGGUCACCAUCUGUACCUGUGCUGGUGAUUGCCUUGAGUCACCAGGUGUUGUGUUGGCCAGAUUGGUACACUCACACUCACCAGCACACUUACACUCUUUGUAUACUCUAUACUUCAACAUGCGUACUUGAAUUGAGUUUGUAAAGCUGUGGUUUAGAAUUCUUGUCAUUUUUUGUCACUCCUGCUGUUUUGUGUGUUUUCCCAGCGUUAACUCCUCUAAUCUGCUGGCAGUCUUCUUAUUAACCCCUUCAGUACCGUGCCACUUUUUCAUAUACAUUCUGCUUAAUAUUUAGCAAUUUUAUACAUACAACUUCAAAAACUUGUGUGGGGGAUGAGAAUAGUAAAGACUCUGGCCAUUAAUCUUUUGACCUCCAUAGACCAUUCCCAAUGCAAAAUAAAAUAGUCUAAUCAUACCCAAAAAUAAUAAUAAAAGUGCAUCUCAGUAUUGAAGGGGUUAAACAUGGUACUCCUCUUUUCAACAGGGAGAACAUGAAAAAGCAGUAGAAUUGAACAUGACAGGUUAAUUGACAGACCACAACUCUACCUAUGUAUUUAAGUACAGGUUGUGUAAAUUGAGUUGAAAAAGUGACAAUUUGGGUGUUUGUGUGACUAGUCUGGUGUUUUCUUUAAGAUGGCCACCAAAUUGUCCUGAAGGUGGCCUGUGAUGGGUGGUGAGGCAACACACACCACCAGCAACUCAUACUCUUAGCUUCUUGUUCUCAGAUGUGUUGACUAUAUCUUAACUAUUUUCAGCUGGCUGUAGUGUCAUUUGUUGGGUUUUCAAGAGUGUUAUUUUACAAUUCUAGUGAUAGUUUAACAAGAAUUCUUUAUCUUCUGUGGGGAAAAACACCCUUGAGAACUUGAAGGAACAUCUCUGUGGUCCUCGAAAAUGGUUUUAUCAGAGAUCAGAGUAUUCAGGAACAUAGAUCUUUGUGUCUUAGCGUCAUCAAGGAAUGGCCGAGAUGUAACACAGAGUAAAGGUUUUGUUUGGUGUGUUGCUGUUGCCUCUCUGCCUCUUUAUUCAGUUUAAGUAGUAGUAAGCCUCUCUCUUCUUCUGUAUGUGAUCAGCAGUUUGGUAAAGAGAGCACAUGAAGGAGGGACUGAUGUGUGUGGAGAGGAAGUGGCUAGGAACUGGUGCGUGUGUGUGUGGGUGUGUGUGUGCGUGAAGAGGAAGUGGCGUGGGUUCUUUGAGGAGGAGCCGUGAACAGACUGUAGCGCUGGUUCACGACAAACAGCUAAGUUCAGUGGAGACACCUGAACGUUUUGUUAUUGUAUUUUGGACUAAUUCAUGAAGUGUACUAUCUUUUGCAUGCCUGAAUUAUUUGUAUCAUCUCUCCUCAUCUCAUUCAGUAUGUUAUGAUUUGUCAGUUUCCUGUGUUAUUGUUAAGAGUAAGCAGUGAUUCACCUGACCACAAUACACUGAUGGACAGACCUGCAAGUCUUUGGCUGAAUACUUUUUAUUGCCCAAGGUGACUGACUGCCAGUGCCACCUGGGAAACUCAGCAGGUGUGGGGCCAGUGCUGCAGGUGUGCCAGGGGAAUCUUGGCACACACACUUGGGGAACUGGCCAGCCCUAACGGUGGCCUGCCCCUGUUGCCCCCACCCCACCAUUGCCUGCUGGAGGUUUUGACAAAAGUUUUCUAUAGGUGUUUUAUAGAAUAUUCCUGUAGAAAAUAUAUGAAAAUAAUAUAAAUUAAUAAACAGUUUGAACCAA